AUGCCUCAGGAAAAGCCAACUAUUGCAUGCUUUGGAGCUACCGGCGGGUGCGUAGCCGCGGCCUUAACAAGCGCACUGAAAGAUGGCUUCUAUUGCACAGCUCUUGCGAGGACCCCAGAGAAGCUGCGCAGUAUCCUAAUUGACGAGCACAAAAUCCCGUUGGCCACCAUCAACCAAUAUCUUACGAUCUACGAAGGAGAUAUCAAGGAUCCAGCCAUCGUCCAAAAAGCUCUUAUCAGCCCAACUCACACGGCCUCCGUUGUCGAUUUUAUUCUGAGUGGUGUUGGCGCCUAUCCAACUUUCCAAUGGAGCCUCAUGAGACCCUUUCCACUCACAGAUCCUACCAUCACCGAAGAUGCUAUGAACACCAUAUACGCCGCUCUGUCCAGCCUUUCUGCCUCUUCUAUCACUAAUACGAGUGCCGGCCAGAAACCUCUUCUAGUGGCAAUUAGUACGGCAGGCUGUGGGCGAAAUAGAGGGGUUCCCUUACCAAUUUACCUUCCGUACCACUACCUUCUUGGGGGACCUCUGGCCGAUAAGAAACGCAUGGAAAAUGUGAUCAUGGCAGGGAAGAACGAUUAUAUCCGGGAUUUCGUUAUCAUGCGGCCAUUGAUUUUGACAGAUGGAGAGGCGAAAGGUGAAAACCAGCUCAGAGUAGGCUGGGAAUGGGGCACUGAUGAUGGCAAGGGUGAAUGUGAAGAGCCAGGUCCCGAGAUUGGUUAUUUUGUCAGUCGAAAGGAUGUUGGGAAGUGGAUGUUUGAUAACGUCGUCGUUCAGGGUGGCUGGGAAGGGAAGUGUGUGUAUUUGACCUAUUAGGAUGGUCUAAUUACUUGGAGAUUAGAAUUUCGACAAAACACGUGAAAAUCCUACUGUCGUUAUUAGUUUGAUCUUGGUAACCUAGUCGCCAGUCCAGCCGUUGUUCUGCCAGAACAACACUUAGGUUAGCCGAGAUUGUAUGGCGGAUGCAAGUGGUGAUUUAUGAUGGUUGGAGGGGUCAAGGUUGACCUUUGCGUUCGAAAAGAACAAAAAACAAAUUCCGACGCAACACCUCCCCAGCCAUAGCGGUAUGUGAGCUAAAAA